CAAAAGUUUGGUUGUUUCAAGCAAAAGAUAUUUCGCUAAACCAGUUUAAUUCAAAUUCGCUUAAUCACUAAUGAAAUGCAACAGUCCAUUUGAAUAUCAGCCUGUGUCGGCGCUACAUACAGCAUUUACGAAAAAUGAGUAAACAGUUGUGGUAGUAAAAAGCAGUUUGUUUAAUUGUUGAAGUGUGUGUGCAAUUAUAUCAGGAGUGUAAUAAUAAAUACAGGUUCCUGAUGUUCACAUGUGAAAAUCAAUGAUGGGUUAAUAGAAGCAAAAAUCCAACAAUACUUCACUAACAAUCAAAAAUAUUUUUAUUUUAAUUAGUUUAAAUAAAUGAUCAAAAAUGUUCCUGAAAUUUAACAUAUUUGGUAAGGAUUAUGCACAAAUUGCUGCAAUUGCUAUUGGUUGCCUCAGCUCGGCUAUCAGUGGAAUGACAAUAGCCUGGUCAUCGCCCUACGUCGUAAAGAUAACUCACGAUAAGGAGAAUUAUAACAUCACAGAAGAAGAAGCCUCUUAUUUUACAAUGAUAAACGUUAUUGGGCUAGUUGUAUCUUUACCGUUUACCUCACUCCUGCCAGACAGAUUUGGCAGAAAGCCGGUUUUGAUGCUAACAGCUUUACCGUAUUCGAUCUGUUGGUUACUCAAAUUGUUUUUUACUAAUAUUUAUGUGCUGUAUCUUGCUAGAUUUUGUGCGGGACUUGGGGAUGGUUUAUUGUUUGCAUCGUUGCCUUUGUAUAUCGGGGAAAUAUCUACGCCAGAAGUUAGAGGCGUUUGGGGCAAUGGGUUGAUGAUUUUUGGAUUCUUAGGACAGUUCUUAAUAAAUGUUUUCGGUAUUUUUUUAACAGUACCACAAACUUCUAUUGUAAGUCUAUCAGUGCCUCUAAUAUUUGUAUCAGCGUUUUAUUUUAUGCCAGAAUCGCCGUAUUUUUUUGCUAUGAAAGACAGAGAUGAAGAAGCAAAAGCUGCAUUAAGGUUCUUUAGGUUAAGGGAUGACAUUGACGAUGAGUAUACAAUACUCAAAGAUGACGUUAAAAGACAAAUUUCUGAGUCUGGUACUUGGAAAGAUUUAAUUCUCAUUAAAAGUAAUAGAAAAGCAGUUCUGAUUGGCAUAUUUAUAAGAGUGUCACUUGUUUUGUCUGGUAUUAUGGUAUUUAUCACAUAUACACAGUUUAUUUUUACUAAAGCCGGUGGAAAUAUCGAUCCUUCAGUUGCUACUUUAAUAUAUACCGGUGUAGCUUUUGUUCUAUAUACAAUUGCCUCGGUGUUUUCUGAAAAGUUAGGAAGAAAAAAAGCAUUUGCCAUAUCUCUAGCCUUAACUUCUAUUAUACUUCUACUUGAAGGUACUUAUUUUUACAUAGAUGAACAUUGUCCAACCGUAGAUCUUUCUAAUUUCAAGUGGUUUCCGCUGGUGGGCAUGCUCAUCUUUCUAGUCUUCGUUGCCUUUGGUGUCGGAAUUCUUCCAGGACUCAUGCUGAGUGAGUUGUUCUCAGCUAGUAUUAAAGCAAAAGCUAUAUCUGUUGUGAUGAUGAUAUACGCCAUCAUGUAUAUUCUUACAAAUAAAUAUUUUUAUAACUUGACACGUUUGACUGGAUUAUGUGGACCGUUUUUUGUUUUUGGAUGUUGUGAUAUGAUCACAGCUCUUUUAUCGUGUUUUAUUGUGCCAGAGACAAAAGGAAAAACUUUGGAGGAAAUUCAACAGAGCUUGAAAAGGAAUUAAGUACAACAAGAGAUAUUAUUGACUGUAUUAAAUACUUAUUACUGUAUUAAUUGACAAAAUGUUGUUUUUUCAAUGUGAAAUGUAAAUGUACUUUUCUAAAUAAAUUUUAUUUUUGAAUAAA